AGCUCACAAGUAUUUCUAUGGAUGGGAAUAUAAUAAUCGGGGCGAUGAUGAACGUUCACACAGACAGAAUGUACCCAAAGGUCAAUUACAAGGAGGAGCCUGGUUCAGCCAUCUGUACAAUGCUCAGGUUAGAUUCCUACCAGCGUGCCCAAGCUGUGCAUUUCACUGUGGAGGAAAUAAACAAAACCCCCAAUUUUUUGUCAAAUAUCACCUUGGGAUUCCAGCUAUUUGACUCUUGUACAGUCCUCCAGAGAGCAGUGUCAGGAACUCUGCAGUUGUUGAGUGGACAUGGAGAAUCUUUUCCUAACUAUCGAUGUAACCAGGAGACCCGCUUGGCUGCAGUAAUCGGACAUUCUUCAUCUACAUACUCCAUUUUACUGGCUCAUAUACUGGGGCUAUACAGGUAUCCUCAAAUCAGUCACUUUGCCACAAGUUCUCUUCUCAGUGACCGUAUACAGUUCCGAUCAUUCUUUAGAACAGUCCCCAGUGACACCUUUCAAUCUCAAGGUCUUGCACAGCUUGUGUUGUACUUUGGAUGGACCUGGAUUGGUCUAUUGGCCCCCAAUAAUGAUUAUGGGCAGCAAGGUAUCCAAUUGGUCAAGAGGGAUAUAAUAAAAGCUGGAGCCUGUGUGGCUUUCACAGAGACCAUAAUCUCCAGUCGGCAAGACCGAAACGCCCCACAUAUUGCUCGGGUGGUUAAAGACUCAACAGCCACAGCGGUGGUCAUCUUCUCUAAUGAUAUAGACUUAAGCUUUGUACUAGAUGAGAUGUUGAGGCAGAACGUCACAGGAAAAGUAUGGAUUGCCAGUGAAGCUUGGUCUACAUCAUCUUUCUUAUUAGUGAGUAAAUAUUCAAGACUUCUUCUUGGAACAAUUGGUUUUGCCAUCCAUAGUGGAAGCAUGCCAGGGUUUGGAGAUUUCCUCAACAGGAUCAAUCCAUCUAUGGUUGUGGGAAAUCAAUGGAUAAAAAUAUUAUGGGAACAAGUUUUCGGCUGUAAAUUCCAAGACCAGAUGUCAACUAAAGUAAUUUCCAACUCAUCAAUAAAAGAAUGUACAGGCCAAGAAAGUCUUGAGAGCAUCUGGAACAACUACAAUGAUGUCUCUAAUCUGAGGUUACCAUACAACAUCUAUACAGCAGUUCAUGCAGCUGCAAAGGCUCUGGACAAUUUAGGUAAAUGCAGGAAGGGAGAUGGACCAUUCCUCAAUGGAUCAUGUGCUGAUAUUAAGAACUUCAAGCCUUGGCAGUUGUUGCACUACAUGAAGAAGUUACGUCUGAACACGUCCAAUGGUAGACAACUCUUUUUCGAUGAGAACGGAGAUCCCCCUGCGGUGUACGAUAUAGUGAACUGGCAGCUGAGUCCUGAAGGGAAACUUCAAACAGUCACAGUGGGCAGUUAUGAUACCAGUAUAACCAAUGGGAACAUCUUCACUAUUAAUACCAGCAAAGUACAUUGGGGAACUGGAAACCACAGGGUACCUGUUUCAGUCUGCAGCCCUAGUUGUCCAUCAGGCUUUAGGAAAGCAGCCAGAAAAGGCCAACCUUCCUGCUGUUUUCAUUGCAUUCCAUGUCCUUUUGGAGAGAUAGCCAACCACACAGGUAGAGAAAAAAAUAUUUAACCCAUAAAAUAUUCGCUACUAUGUACAACAUGCCCAUGGGAUAUGUGGCCAAAUCCAACCCAAGAUCAUUGUGUUCCAAAGACUCAAGAAUUCCUUUCACGUGAAGAUCCACUGGGCAUCACCUUAACAACUACUGGCAUCUCCUCAUCAUUGGUUCCUGUGGCCAUCUUUGCCCUCUUUAUUCACUACAGAACAACCCCCAUUGUUCGGGCCAAUAACUACUCCUUGAGUUGUCUUCUCCUGGUGUCACUAUCGCUCUGUUUUCUUUGCUCUUUAGUCUUUAUUGGUUAUCCCCAGUAUGAGAUAUGUCUUUUAAGACAAGUGACAUUUGGUGUUAUAUUUGCACUUUGUGUCUCCUGCAUUUUGGCCAAAACAAAUAUGGUAGUCAUUGCUUUUAAGGCCACAAGGCCUGGGAGUCAACUAAGGAAAUGGACUAGACCACAUGUAUCCUAUCUCAUAGUCAUCUCCUGUAUCCUUAUUCAGAUAUUUAUUUGCAUUAUGUGGCUGACAUUCUCCCCUCCCUUCCAAGAAGUUAAGUCAGAAAGUAAUUCUGGAGUUCUAGUCAUUCAGUGUAAUGAAGGGUCACUAUUGGCUUUUUGGUCUAUGCUUGGCUACCUCGGUCUCCUGGCCUUCAUAAGCUUCAUUGUAGCUUUCUUGGCCAGGAGACUUCCCGACAGCUUCAAUGAGGCCAAGUUCAUCACCUUCAGCAUGCUGGCCUUCCUGAGCGUCUGGUUGUCCUACAUUCCAGCAUCUCUCAGUUCACAAGGAAAAUAUAUGGUGGCCAUGGAGAUCUUUGCUAUCCAAUCGUCAACCUGGGGUUUGGUCAUUUGUAUGUUCCUUCCAAAAUUUUAUAUUAUUGUAUUCAGACCCGACAUGAACUCAAGAGAAAAACUGAUGGCAAAACAAAAAAGAUUAGGGUGUAUGGUGCGUUUGGCGGUGUUUUGUUUUGAACGCCGCUGUGAGCUCAUACGUCCCCAGGAGUCAGGAGUGGUGGUGGUCAUCACUCGAUUCCAGGCUACAGGCAGUGUCGUGGAGAAGCAGCACAACAACACAUUUGGGCUGACCCUUGUCUCAGCUUGCAUUGAUAACCCAGAAUCUAGACGCAGGUUAAUCAAUUUUGGUAAUUCAUUGUUAAAAGAGGGUGGCUGGUUGGUGUGUUCAGGUGUUUUCACUUCAGCAGCAGCGUAUGCCCAGUUCAAUUUCCCACUGUUUUACAGGUUACAGGCUUCGUUUGUUAUACCAGACGUUAAGUGGUUCCACUCCGCCAGAAAAGGGGAGCUGUAUAGUCUCCUGAAUUCUGAUGCUGUCCCAGGCGGCAGUCAGGACACACCUUCCUUGCAGACCAUGAACACUUCCCUGACCCAACUUCAUUCUAUGAUGAACACUACGAUGACCUCUAUGACAGCAUUCAGCUCCAGAUUGGAGGAGGUGGAACAUGACAGGGUCACAACGCCCCCCGCGACCCCCGCUCCUCCUUUGCCACCUACUGUACAGGCUGCCAACUCAGGUACGCCGCUAUGUCCCCCCAAUGUCACAACAGCACACUUCAUCCCUGCUGCCAUCAAAAAGGACAUCUUGGAGGGGAAAGAUGUGAACUUGGCCUCAUUGUUGAUCGCGACUAAAGAUCUCAAUGAGACUAUGACUGUGGCUUGUGGCGAGCUCUCGGUGGUGUUUAAAAGUAAAGAUGCGCGACUCAACAGGAAAUUGAGCAUCGUAGAGUUCGUCAUAGCUUUCGGAUUGUACAGGGACGUGGUGUGUUCAGCAAAACCUGAGCGAAGGGCGGAGCUCGAUUUGUACCUGCACGAGAUUUCUCAGUUGGCGUAUAAAUAUGGGGGUACAGCUUUCUAUGAGUAUCACAAGUCUUUCGCUGCUAAGGUUGUGUUAACGGACGUUAACUGCUGUGUCACCUCUCUAAGGAGGUUCGAGAUUUGGACGGUGUUCUCCGUGAAUCCAAAUAACAUUCUUACAUUGCAUGGUCACCAUUGGUUUGCCAGCACUUGGCCUUCGGACGUAUUGGGUAUCCCCGGGUUCGGCAGGACCUCAACCCUGUUCGAGAUCUACCCAGUAGUGGCGGCAGCUUUCGUCUGGGGGGACGCCUGGGCUCACACCACUGUCAGGUUCCUGUGUGACAACGCCUCUACAGUUGACAUCCUAAAUAAGGGGCGCUCUAGCUCGGUAAACAUCAUGAGGUUUGUCAGAUGUUUCACUUGGCUCUUGCUACAUCACAAAUUUCACUUUUCAUUUCAACACAUAGAGGGGUCAAAGAACUUGGCAGCUGAUGCGCUUUCCAGAGCUAAAUUUAACGUGUUCUUUCAGGUGUGUCCAGACGCAGCGGGUGUCCUGGCCCCCUCCUUCAGCAUGUCUUCCCUUCUGGACAUGUAUCCCUUCGGUUACCAGGUCAGCACGGUGAUUAAAGCAGCUAUCUAUCUGCCAUUCUAUGGGUUUCUUAGGCCAGGGGAGUUCACCCGCUUUCACAAUAGGUCGCUGGGGCUGUCUCUGGGUCAGCUCUUACCUUGCAGUUAUGGCUUCACACUCACGUUGUCGUGCACUAAAACCAACAGGCACGGUGCGGUCGUCAAGUACUUCAGGACGGCCCAUCAGUGUCCUGUGGCCGUAUUUUCACAACUCAUUUCCAUGUUGGAAGGCAAACCUGCAGACAGUCCGCUUCUGCCUCUCGGUUCUUCGGCACUCUCCACCGUGCAAUUCCUAAAUCAUGUCCGUACGUUAGUCAAAACUCUAGGCCAAGAUCCGCUUCGCAUCAAGGGCCACUCAUUUAGAAUUGGAGCUGCGUCGGCAGCCUCCAAACACGAAGUUCCUACCCACAUCUUCAAAAAGUUGGGCCGGUGGAAUUCAAGUUGUUUUGAUAGGUACAUACCUGAUCCCUCUUGUGAAAUGGCUAGCGUGUUCAAGGUGUUGGCCUUAAAUUAA